AUGAAGAAAAACAUUCGAGACCGAAAACAUGUCCGCUUCUGUACAGACUUCGAUAAAUCGAUAGUUAUCAACAGUUUUCAAAGGCGAGGUUGGAAGGAGGUUUCCCCUGAAGAUGAUUGGAAUAUUUACUGGUCCAAUACGUUAAACUGUCGAAAUAUCUUCAACCUGGAGAAUGGAUAUAGAUUACACGAUAAUCAACUGAUAAAUCACUACCCCAAUCAUUACGAGUUAGUCCGCAAAGAUCUAUUGGUGAAAAACAUAAGACGUUACCGUAAGGAUCUGGAGAAAGACAACAAUCCCCUCGCCGAAAAAGGGCAAAUUAAACUCGCUGACGGACAGACUGUCAAUCGUUAUUUAUAUUUAGAUUUUAUUCCCACGACGUACAUCCUACCCACAGAUUACAACCUUUUCCUUGACGACUACCGCAAGUCGCCGCAAACAAUGUACAUUCUAAAACCGUGUGGAAAAUCCCAGGGCGCCGGAAUAUGUUUGAUAAAUAAGCCUUCGAAGCUGAAAAAGUGGUCCCGAGAAUCAAAAAAAUAUUUACAACACCAACUGACUAGCAAGGACACGUAUGUUCUUUCACGUUACAUUGAUAAUCCCCUUUUGAUCGGGGGUAAGAAAUUCGAUUUGAGGAUUUACGUCCUCGUUACAUCUUUCCGGCCCUUAAAAGCUUAUAUGUUCCGGAAUGGUUUUUGCAGAUUCUGUUCAUUGAAGUAUGACACGAGUCUAGCCGAGCUCGAUAAUAUUUAUGUACAUCUGACGAAUGUUAGUGUGCAAAAACACGGCGAAGAUUACAAUGUGCACCACGGGGGGAAAAUGGGGAUACAAAAUUUAAAAUUGUAUUUAGAAGGUACAAGAGGCCGUGUGGUGACCGAACGGCUAUUUGAGGAGAUGCAGUGGCUGAUCGUACAUUCUUUAAAGGCUGUAGCUCCGGUGAUGGUUAAUGAUCGACACUGUUUCGAAUGCUAUGGCUACGAUAUUAUCAUUGAUGACAAUUUGAAACCGUGGCUGAUUGAAGUGAACGCUUCGCCCUCGAUGACAGGGACCACAACUAACGAUAGAAUAUUGAAAUACAAUUUAGUGGAAAACUUACUAUCAAUUGUACUGCCGCCAGAUGGUGUACCUGAUGCGCGCUGGAACAAAACCCCUAGUACUGAAUCAUUGGGUGAUUUUGAUACACUAAUUGACGAGGAAUUCUUGAAUAAAAACCCUGAGAUUAAUUCUGAUAGAAACAAUUAA